GCCUACCACCUGCCUGCUGGUCUCAAUCCUCCGUCAGUAAACGCGAAGAUGUCGUUCGGUGUAGUAGUUAACUACCUAUUUGUAACUUUUGUAGUUUUAGUAAAUGGAAGGCCACAUGAAGAAAAAUACGAAUCACCUCCAUUAAUCCAAUUUACUGACGGGGGGAUUCGACUGAACUUCGGAGGUUACCAUGCUGAAGCAGGACUGGGCGGCCUUCUACGAGGCACGGGUGCUGGCCUUUAUGCAGGUGCAGGAACUCCGUGGGGUGCACACGCUGGUGCGGGAUUAGGCGGUCAGUUAGGGAAAAACGGCAAUCUCGGUGGCGGUCUUUACGCUCGCGCUGGACUCGGCCGUGGUGGACCAGAGGCAGCAGCUGGCCUCGGUGGAAAACUGGAUGGCACUGGGCGGUCAGUGAACCCGGUUGCAGGUGGCUUGUACGCCGGGGCAACACCGGGCGGCGGUCCAGGACCGGGCGUGUUUCUUGGCGGUGGACUCGAUGGAAGCGGACUAGAUGGCAUCAUAAGUGGCAGCACGGCUAAUGAAGAUAGUUUGAAGCCGCCUGCGGCUGCUGCGGGGGCGACUACCACGUCGACGAGCGCGAAUGCUACGAGCGAAACGAAGCCGCCGAAGGGCCGCACGAAUAUACAAAUCAUACGUUCAAGGGCGCAGAAGGAGAAAGAGAAGGUGGCUGCAGCUGGCGCGACAUUACGAGCCGACGCACCCGCAGCUGUAAAGGCAGAGUCGCACAACAAGGAGACACGUCGCGCAGUGCAAGUCGUACCACCCGCGGCGGAAGUGGGCCUGGUCAAAUCGGUUUACGUUGGGACAGCGCCAGCCGUAAAAGAAGUUGUGGUCCCGACAUCCGCAGCCGCCGCACCCGCGCAAGGUGCUGGCCAAGCAACCGCCACCGCCGACACGGUUACAACAGUUGCCGGUAAUCCGAAUGUAGUCGUUCCGAAACCCGUGUAUCCACGUUGGUACUUUAGAAAGAGGUUCCGGACCGUCCCCAGAAAGACAGUUUACGUUGCUCCAACAGAAUCGGCUGAUAGUCAAGGCUCUCCUUCGGAUGUAGUUGGCGGACUCCUUUACAAGGCAGUGGGAGACGGCGGCGCGGUUGCCGCGGGUAAACCUGACGUCAGCGGGUCCUUGUUCGACGAUAUUUUUAACAUCCCCAUUUCUACGUUGUCUGCUGUUAACCAACUGCUGAGAAACAACGUCGGCUAAGAUGCCACCGUACGUUUACUACUUCUAAGCUCACAUUUUAAAUAAUACGUGUAACGGACAAUUAUAUAAUAAUACACCUAAGAAGAUAGAAGAUUAGCAAAUUCUUCGAAUAUAUUCAGCAAACUCAUUUGUUGCGUAUUCAGCCCCUCACGGCAAAAGAUGUUUGUUCUGCCUACUUAUGAAUGCUAUACACACAUUAUGUCCAUCUUGUGGUUCUCUCUACGUGAUUAGAUUAUACAAACUGACGGUUCCGUAUAUAUUAUGGUAUACCUUUGUCUGCGAUUUAUUUGCAAGAAAGAUACAUAUACUAAUAAAGUUUUAUAUGGAAAAA